CUUCACUUACCAGCGAGCACACUGACUUCCACAGCUCCGCCGCUCUCCUCUCAUCCUCUCUCCCGAGUCACGACCCGUCGCCGGCUCGAUCGCGACUUGACGGCAGCGAUGCAUCUCCACGCCUCGGGCGCCACCGAGAAGGUGACCGCGCCAUACGGGUCCUGGGAGUCGCCGAUCAGCGCCGCCGCCGUCUCCGCCGCCGGGAGGACGACAGAGGGGCUCGCCGUCGCCGGCGACGGCCGGCUCGUCUGGGUAGAGACGCGCCCGGAGGAAGGGGGGCGCGCGGUUCUCGUGAAGGAAUCAGCAGAGCCCAGCGGUGAGGCUCUGGAUGUAACGCCGCAGGGGUUCGCGGUGCGGUCUCUCGCCCAGGAGUACGGCGGUGGGGCUUUCGCCGUGCAAGGGGAUGUUGUUGUGUUCUCUAACUAUAGCGACCAGCGUCUGUACAGGCAAACCAUAGGAGAUAACUCACCACUACCACUGACACCAGAUUAUGCUGGAUCAGUAGUCCGCUAUGCGGAUGGUGUAUUUGAUCCUCACUUCCGUCGUUUUGUAACUAUAAUGGAAGAUCAUCGCCACAAUAGCUCCAAUCCCGUCACAACAAUUGCUGCUGUAAGAAUCAGUGAACGAGAUGUCGACGAACCUACUAUGCUGAUCAGCGGCAAUGACUUUUAUGCCUUCCCACGUAUUGAUCCAACUGAAAAACGUAUGACAUGGAUUGAAUGGAGUAACCCGAACAUGUCUUGGGAUAAAUCACAACUAUGGGUUGGAUAUUUCAAUGAGAAAGGGGAGGUACAAAAACGGAUUUGCAUUGCUGGUGGAGACUCAACAUUAGUGGAAUCUCCUACUGAACCCAAGUGGUCUUCAAAAGGGGAGCUGUUCUUCAUAACAGAUCGACGGAGUGGAUUUUGGAAUAUUUAUAAAUGGGAUGAGCAGAGUAAUGUGGUAAUGCCACUGUAUUCACUUGAUGCUGAAUUCUCAAAGCCAAUGUGGAAUUUUGGUGUUAGCUCCUAUGAUUUCCUUGGAAAGGAUGACUCAAGUCACAAAAUCAUUUGCUGUUACAGGCAGAAUGGACGAUCAUAUGUUGGGGUGCUUGACCAUGAUUUGGGAUCCUUUUCAAAAGUUGACAUUCCCUUCUCUGCUGUAACUAACAUAGUGUCUGGAGAUGGAUCCUUCUAUGUUGAGGGUGCAUCUGCUAGUCUUCCAGUAUCAAUAGCAAAGGUGACACUUGAUGAAAACAGAACUACGGCAACUGAUUUCUCUAUAGUUUGGUCCUCCUCAGAGGAUGUUACAAAAUAUAAAUCUUACUUUAGCUUGCCUGAAUUUGUGGAGUUUCCAACCGUAGUCCCUGGUCAACAUGCAUACGCUUAUUUCUAUGCUCCGUAUAAUCAUAAUUUCCAAGGUCCAACAGAUGAAAAGCCUCCGUUACUGGUCAGAACCCAUGGUGGACCUACAGAUGAAGCACGUGGCAUUCUGGAUCUUAGUGUGCAGUACUGGACGAGCCGAGGAUGGGCAUUUGUUGAUGUUAACUAUGGGGGCAGCUCAGGCUAUGGGAGAGAAUUUCGAGAGAGGCUUUUAGGGCAAUGGGGCGUCGUUGAUCUAAAUGAUUGCUGCAGUUGUGCUACAUUUCUGGUGGAAACUGGAAGAGUGGACGGGCAACGGCUUUGUGUUACAGGAGAAUCUGCUGGUGGAUUCACAACUUUAGCUUGCCUUGCUUUCAGACAGACCUUCAAGGCUGGUUCAUCUUUAUAUGGGAUUGCUGACUUAGCUUCAUUGAGAGAAGGAAUGCACAAGUUUGAGGCAUACUACAUUGACAACCUUGUGGGGAAUAAACAGGCUUACUUUGAGAGAUCACCGAUAAACUUUGUUGACAAAUUUACAUGUCCCGUGAUUUUGUUUCAAGGAUUGGAGGACACGGUUGUAUCACCAGAUCAGGCAACAAAAAUAUAUAAGGCCAUAAAGGACAAAGGGCUUCCGGUUGCUUUGGUUGAGUAUGAAGGGGAACAACAUGGUUUCCGCAAGGGCGAGAACAUCAAAUUUACCUUGGAGCAAGAGAUGGUGUUCUUCGCCAGAUUAGUGGGGCGGUUCAAGGUGGCUGAUGACAUAACACCAAUCAAGAUCGAGAAUUUCGAUUAGCCCUUGUAGACAUUUUAAAAGGCAGAAACCUGUUCUUCAACAGUUCAACUGAACUUUAGACUAUCGGCCAGUGCCUAUGGGGCAUGAGCAAUAACGGAAGCAAGCUUUGGUUAGUUUUCCCCAGAUUUUUCUCGGUUGUGGAUAAGCGUAUUACCCAAACGCUUCAUGUAUCUGUAUGACAUUGCGCAACAAUGGAUGCUUUCAACAAUUCGUGUUGCAAGAAUGCUGAAAUGUGGAUUGGGCAGAAGCUGCGACAAAGGAAGCUGAAUUUUGACGAGCGGAAGCUGUGACAAAGGAAAUCAUAAUGCCAUUACCUGGUAAUUUUGCCGCUUC